AUGGUACAAAGCGGCCUCGAGAUGUUCAGCAAUUCGGUACUUCUGGCGCUCAUACUGGUGCUGUUAACUUCGUCGUUCUUGUUGAUUCUCCAGCGGAACACCGGCAAACUAAUUUGGAAUGCGAAGAGUGGUAGCAAGAAUAGGCAACCAACUUUCAUCAUAGCCGGCCCUUCAGGCAGCGGGAAGAGCUGCCUGUAUAACCUGAUGACUACAGGGAAACUGAAAACCACCGUUACUUCCCAGGAAACCAGUGUUGCCAGCGGUUUCAAGCUGUCUGAGUCGGUCAAGGUGAGACUGAUGGCGUUUCCUGGCCAUUUAAAGCUGCGUGGCAAGCUGUUCGAUGAAAUCAGGGAUUCAACUAACAUCAAGGGCUUGGUAUUUGUAAUUGACGCGACGGUGGAUCCUAAACAACUUACCAAGACGGCAGAGUUUCUUUUCCAGAUUUUACAGUUGACUGAACGUCGAAAAGACGGCGUAGACAUCCUGCUCGCUUGUAACAAGUCAGAAAUGUUCACAGCGAGGCCAGCACUAAAGAUUAGAGAAGUCCUCGAGCAAGAGAUCGAAAAAAUAAUCAUUAGGAAACAAAAAUCCCUGGAAACAGUAACUGGCCCUAUUGCGGGUCAUCAUCAAUCGAAUGAGAACCACGAAAUAGGACAGGAAGAUGCUGUAGAUUUCGCGACAGGUAAUGGCUUCUCUUUUGACGUUUUAGAAGGCAACGUUGACGCUUUCGAAGGAAGCGUCUUGAAGAGGGACAUCGAAAAAUGGGAAUGUUGGAUGGAGGAAAGAGCUGUAAAUUAG